CCACAGCUCUCCAAUUCUCUCGUUGUCUCUUUAACGCCAAUAGAACAGCACCCUCCUACAUCGUUUUUUCCACUUCCCCAAGGCUCAUAACCAAGGAUGUCGGACUGGGGUCCAGUGUUUGUGGCUGUGGUGCUGUUUGUGCUGUUAACUCCGGGCCUGCUUUUCCAGGUGCCUGGGCACCGUCGGUGGGUGGAGUUUGGCAACUUUCGGACCGGCGGUGCAUCCAUACUGGUUCAUUCCCUCCUCUACUUUGCUCUCAUUUGCGUCUUUUUGCUGGCCGUCAAGCUUCACUUGUACGUUGGUUAAUUACUUCAUCCAUCCCCAACCCAAAAGAAAAUGGGUGCAUGCAUGCAUGCAUGCUUUUCUUGUUCACUUGUUACACGAAUAUCUCAGUGUUCUAGCUACGUGUUUGUUUUAAGUUACCGAUUAAUAAUAUUAAUGAGACUGGGCUCCUGCAUGAUUUCCAUGUUCUACAUGAUUUGAGUCCUCGAUCCCUCAUAUGCAAUAUCUACCUGUUUUCUGUAAUAUAAUUUAUUCUUAAAUGUUGCUUAAGAAGUAUAA